AUGCAACCUGAAGAUACUGGCUCUGAAGAGAAAGAGGUGCUAAGCUGGGAUAUCAAUGACAUGAAACUGCCACAGAAUGUGAAAAAGACCGACUGGUUCCAGGAAUGGCCGGAUUCCUAUGAGAAGUACAUCUACAGCUCCGAGGACCGGAACGCACAGCGACACCUGAGCAGCUGGGCCAUGCGCAACACCAACAACCACAACUCACGCAUCCUCAAGAAGUCGUGCCUGGGGGUGGUCGUGUGCAGUCUCGACUGCUCGGCAGAGGAGGGCCGCAAGAUCUACCUGAGACCUGCCAUCUGUGACAAAGCUCGGCAGAAGCAGCAGCGGAAACGCUGUCCCAACUGUGACGGGCCCCUGAAGCUGAUUCCCUGCCGAGGCCAUGGGGGCUUUCCGGUCACCAACUUCUGGCGGCAUGACGGACGCUUCAUAUUUUUCCAGUCGAAGGGAGAGCAUGAUCAUCCAAAGCCAGAAACCAAACUGGAAGCAGAAGCAAGGAGAGCCAUGAAGAGGGUGCACACGGCACCUUCCUCCAUCUCCCUGAAGCUCAAGGCGAGCCCAGAGACAAAGCCUUUUCCAGGCGAAACACCAAGUUGGGGGAGUUUACCUUUAACUUGGUCUUCCCAGGAAGGUGUCCAGUUGCCUGGCAGUUACGGUGGACAUUUAAUAGCUAACGCUCCUCAGCAGAAGUCCCUGAAUGAUUGUUUCUCCUUCUCUAAGACUUAUGGUUUGGGGGGUCCUGCUGACCUAGCGGACCCCACCUCCCCCCUGGGCCCCACUAAGUUCUAUGAGAAAUGCAAGUAUUCCAGCAGCAGGGGCUACAGCAGCGGGGACCUUCAGUCGUCCGCCCCUGGCGUGUUUCCCGACUACGGUGACCUCCAAGCGUGGAAUAAGAGCUCCACCCUGGGGAGAAGUCCUCUUGGCGACAACUGCUGUCCCAAUUACCCAUUCCCGCUGACCAGCUGGUCUUAUGACUUCGCCCCGUCCCAGAACACCACUGAGCCCUUUCCCCAGCAGAUAGCAGUGGAAACACCAGCGGUGAAGACAAGCUGCCACCCGCUGUGGCCCAAUCCGGGGGGUGAUCUUUAUGAAGAGAAGGUGCAUGUGGAUUUUAACACCUACUGCUCUUCCACCCUGUGCCACUCGCCCCAGGAAGACCCCUUCCUCCUCACCUACACUUCUCAUCCUCACCAUCAGUACUCACUGCCAAGCAAGGGCAACAAAUGGGGCUUUGAUGAAGAAAUGAGGUGCGUGGGUUUGGAUCACUGCAACAAUGAAAUGCUCUUAAACCUCUGUCCCUUAAUGACCCAAAUCUGA